UGGCGAGUCGUAUUAAAAUUACGUUAUAAUUAAAAAUAGAUCGGUCUCUGCAGUGAUCAAUUUAGGCAUUUCGAGUUUAGAAUAACUCUAGUCCCGAAAAAACUUUCGACCAGAUCAGUUAGGAACUCCAUCUUAUCGAACGAGACACAUAGCCAAAAGCCGCAAAAAUGUUCAAAAACCACUUAGAAAUGAUUGGGAGGAAUGAGACGGCCAGCAAGAAAGCAAAAUUCUGGCAGUCCUACAUUCGAUCCUUGAAAGGAUCUGAGGAUAUCCGUGCUCAGGAGACUCCACGUACACGUGCCUACAGACCUCUGAGCUUUGGUGGUGACCUUCCCCACCACUUCAGGAGUAUCUAUGAUGAUCCUGCGGCUCCUGCUGAACGUAUUACUGGUCCUGGAUAUCGGUACCUCCCGGUUCAUCGUGAGACCUACGGAUAUUCACCAAGGCCCAUUUAUACCAGCAACUACAGGCCAAGCUAUGAAUCAAGAAGCUACGAUCCAGAGAAGGCUUGGAAUGAUCAUCUCGAUCGCAUGGCUGAGCUCGAAAGGAGAUAUCCAUCUCGCUAUGGAUUGUACUUAAAAGACAAACCCAGUUUUGCUCUUGGUCCACUCGAAUAUGAACCAGAAACGAAGCCGUCUGAUUUUCGCGCAUCUAGCGUGCCGCCGCCAUCGCGCGCCGGUAGCGUCCCACCGAUGAGGGCAGGCAGCCCCUUCCGGGAGUUGAGUGUUCCACGUAAUCUUCGGGCUAGUUCUGUGGAUCCUCUGGAUAAUUUGUUGGACAAUUUGCGUAUGCCUGUCUACUCAACUGGAAGAUCACCAACACCCGUUAAAGUGGGACGUUGGGCACCACGUCCUUCUGAAAUCUGCUAUGACUCUGAUGGAUUGCCAAUCUUCACUCGUGGUGGCCUCAGCCCAAGCACUUUCGAUCGCCUAAGGAAUCCGAGCCCGGCCAUGCCGCUGUCCUCAAUCACAAGAGAUCCAUGGUGGUGGGAUUUGGGAGAUCUCCGACCAGCUUACUACCCAAGCUACAGACUACCACCUCUUCUUAGGGAAUCCUUCUUGUCGCCCGUGAAGCGCCGCUACUUGUGGUCUAAGCACCCCGUUCGCCCAUUCGGUUUGUGUUACAAAUUUAAAUAUCCCUCCGCAACAUAUUUAUUUUUAUUACGAACUUUAUUAUUAUACAGAUGAAAUAUUCUUAGACUUCUAAAUAUCACUACCCUUGUUUCAAGUUUAAUUGGUAAGGAGUGAGUAGACUUGAUUUAUUUUGCACGUCCUAUCUAUUUCUAUAUACCUUUCAAUUACUUCCAAAUAAGGUAACAUUCCCAUAGACUUCGAAUUUACCUCCUCACCAUAGCUGUUUGGGCACAGUAUAUACAAUAAAAAGAAUUAAAAGAAAUUUCAUUAUCAUCUAUGCACACUUUGCAUAAUCUUUCUUUCCCUCUAGUGUUUGAAAUUAGUAUAUUUAGUACAUAGAAGACAUUUAUUAGAUAAUAAAUUAAGCAAAUUCAGGAAUGAUCAAAUUCUGAAGAUUACCAUCUGUUAUAUGUAGGACAAAAUAAUCUCACACUUCUUUAUUUUUUUCAGCUCAUGUGGAACGCUAUUGGUAACUGAUUUGAUGAUGGAGAAAGAGCAUUUUCUCGCAAAUAAAUGCUGCCUAAUAAUUUCGAAAUUUGUGCAAAUUUACUAAACACAUGAUUAUUUUUUGUUCUUUUUUUUAUAUUUUAUUUCUUUCAAAUGUAAAAUCAUUUCUUGUUAAAUAAAAGAAAAAAAUCCUAGAAAGGA